AUGUCUACAAACACAAUUCUCGUUUUCGAUGUGGACGGAACUCUGACCGCCGCUCGCCAGGUACGCAAAGCAUUAGUUUUAAAUCAAAUAAAUCAGUUUUUUACAGAAGAUAACACCGGAAAUGCUCGAAUUUCUAGUUGAAACCCGCAAGACCAUGCCGCUCGCAGUCGUCGGAGGAUCGGAUUUCAACAAAAUCACGGAGCAACUAGCCGAUGACAAAGACCAUCGUGAGUUGUAAAAAAUAAUAUGUUUAUUCUAAUCUUUUUUACAGUUCUCUCCCUGUUCGACUACAUUUUCAGUGAAAACGGACUCGUCGGAUUCAAAGGAACCGAUCCAUUCCCGUCGCAAUCAAUUCAGAAGGCGAUCGGAGACGAGAAGCUCCAGGAGCUUAUCAAUUUCGCCCUCCGCUACAUGUCAGACAUCAGACUGCCGGUGAAGAGAGGUAACUUUGUCGAAUUCCGAAACGGAAUGAUCAAUCUGUCGCCGAUCGGAAGGAGCUGCUCGCAAGCGGAGAGAGAUCAGUUUGUGGUGUUCGAUCGAGAGAACGGAGUCCGCGCGAAGUUCGUCGAUGCGCUCAAAGAGAACUUUUCCAAAUACGGACUCGAGUUUGCGAUCGGAGGACAAAUCAGUGUGGAUGUUUUCCCAACUGGAUGGGACAAGACGUUCUGCCUGCAGUACAUCGAGAAGGACUACGAUGUGAUUCACUUCUUCGGAGACAAAACUGCUCCGGGAGGAAACGAUCAUGAGAUCUUUGCAGACUCGCGAACUAUCGGACACACUGUGAACGGACCGGAAGACACGAAACGACAAAUUGAAAAGAUUCUCGGAAAGCAAUAGUGCUUUGACUUGUAUUGUUCCAAUUUCAUAGUAUUUAUUUAUUUAUUUUCACUUUUUUUCCUGUACUAUAUUAAUUGGGUAUUGCAUUUUUUUAUCAUCUGUGUUCCUCUUCUUUUUUGUUUAUGAAACUGGUUGUUAUUUAAUCGGUAUAUAAUAAUCUCCUUUCUGCUAUCAACGGUCGCGUUUAAAUGCCAUUGGAACCAAAAAAUCAAAUCAGUAGGAUACCGUCAUGGAAAUUUCAGGAAAAUUCAAUAGAUGUAAACAACGCAUUUAUUACCGAAUAGGAAGAUAACAGUGAGCGAAAACCGUGUCGAGUAAGCAGAAAAGAUAAGAAAAGAGGAGCCCAACUCUCAAGAAUCUCACGUUGAAAAUGAUGGAUUUUAACGCUGAAUCCGGCAGAAAAAUCUGAAAAUGUUGGGAAGUUUGAAAGGAAUUUAUGUAAAAUAUCUAUUACAACGAUGUCACCGAAAACUAUGCUUGCGAAAAUCCUGUAAUUCAACAAAUUUUAAAGAAGUAUGUUUUUUUUGCGAAACGGCUCUAAUAAUUGUCAUCUUAAAAGGUGAUGUAGCACUGACGUUAAAAAAUACACGAACGGACAAUUUUCUGAGCGAGAACGUUGCCGGACAGGGUCCAGACCGUUAAAAAUAUCCUCCAGUCCGGGAUGGCCCUGGCCGUUUGCAAUGUGUCCGCGACUACAGCAAUCCAGCACAUCAGAUCAUUUCCAGCUCCGUCGCAAACUCUCCGAUCAAUCGCCCAAUCUGAUCAGCAACAACUCGUCGCCUCUAAUCCGCUCCGUCCUCUUCUCCCGUCUCGUCUUCUCACCGAUAAUGGUGCCCAUCGAACCAUCCGACGCGACGUACUUUGCCCAACUCUUAUCGAUGUUGCACGAGAUCAUUGUGCUCAGUCGCGAGGCGCCGUGCGUCACAUGA